ACCUUCACUUCUGUGCUCGCUUGUUCGCAGGUGAACGCGGCCGAAGGGGAGGCGCGGGAGGAGCCCAAGAGGCGGUCUGCGCGCUUGUCUGCUAAACCUGCCCCCGCCAAAGCCGAACCCAAGCCAAAAAAGACGGCGGCAGCAGCAGCAGCGAAGGAUAAAUCUCAAGACAGGAAAACUCAAUCAAAGGGGAAAAAGGGACCAAAAGGAAAACAGAUUGAGGAGAUUAACCAAGAAGAAACAAAGGACAAUUUGCCUGCAGAAAAUGGAGAAACAAAUAGUGUGGAGGCUCCGGGGUCUGAUGCAGCAAGAGAGAAAGAAGCCAAGUCUCAGUAAUAUCUCUACCAAGUCUUUUCUCAGUGGUCUGAGUACCUGCUUUCCUUGUACAAUUCAGAGGAAUAUUUUUAUCAACUAUUUUGUAAAUGCAGAUUUUUAGUAGUUUUAGAAAACACACUUUUAAAAAGGAGGAAGUGCUGCCACAGUCCCCCUUUUUUAGAUUAGAUAAGUGUAUAUGCUUUUUUUUAAGAGGUAAAAUAAUCUACUGGUUGUCUGUUUCCUGUAUAGCCAGAAAAUAAUGGAAUGUUGGAUUAGGGAAAGGCUUUGUAAUCCUCAUUACUUAACAUUCCAUAGACUGUGAGGAACAGGUUUUUAUAUCCCAUUAGAUCAGGCAUGUCCAAAGUCCGGCCCGCGGGCCAAUUGCGGCCCGUGUUCCGGUUUAAUACGGCCCCACAGGUAAUUUGGCAAUAUCUAUCUUUU